GAGCAGAAGGAGCGCGUUUGGAGACGCGUGUGGUGCGCGCCUCCCCUCUCCGUGGCGCAAAGAGCCGCCUCUCUCUCCGUGGAGCCUGCUUGCGAUUCCUGCUCUUCGUGCCAGAGCCUGCAGCUGUCUCUGCUGCCGCUGUGGUGGGAAACCGUCGCCCCUUCGUGUGACGAAUCGACCGCAGACUUUUUUUUGCGCUCCUCUGGAAGUGUCAGCGCAAACCCGAAGGAAAUCGCAACUUUUAAACAAUUUCCAACACAGUUGAGAGACUGAGUGGAGGCACCUGACAGCUCGUACCGCCCUAUCCGCGUGUUGACUAAAAUCUCUGAAUUGUGAAGGCUAUAGGAAUGUGGAAUACAAGUCUUUAUCAGCGUAAAAGGACCUGCCUCUGCCCCUGACGCCAUGUCCGCAGACCUGAACUUGACCUCCGUGCUGAAUGUGACAGAUCUCCACAAUCACACCCGAGGAUGCUCCCUCACCAAGACGGGUUUCCAGUUCUACUACCUGCCCACCGUUUACAUCAUGGUGUUCAUCACGGGGCUGGUGGGCAACAGCCUGGCCAUCUGGAUGUUCGUGUGCCACAUGAGACCCUGGAGCAGCAUCUCCGUCUACAUGUUCAACCUGGCCCUGGCUGACUUCUGCUAUGUGCUGUCGCUGCCCUUCCUCAUCUUCUACUACUUCAACAAGACGGACUGGAUAUUCGGGGACGUGCUGUGCCGGCUCCAGCGUUUCAUAUUCCAUGUGAAUCUUUACGGGAGUAUUCUGUUCCUGACCUGCAUCAGCGUUCACAGGUACACGGGGGUCGUGCACCCGCUCAAGUCUCUGGGCCGACUGAAGAAGAAGAACGCCGUUAUUACCAGCGCGUUGGUGUGGACGGUGGUGGUUGUAGGUAUCUCCCCCAUCCUUUAUUAUUCCCGGACCGGCUUGAAACGUAACACAACCACCUGUUACGACACCACCACGGAGGAUGAGCUACCGGGUUAUUUCAUCUACAGCAUGACUUUGACUGUGUUUGGCUUCUGCAUCCCCUUCAUUAUCAUAUUUUGUUGCUAUGGCAUGAUCGUCAAAGCGUUGAUCUACAAUGACAUGAACAACGCGCCCCUGCGGCAGAAAUCUAUCCACCUGGUUAUCAUCGUGCUCGCGGUCUUCGCCGUCUCCUACCUGCCCUUCCACGUGAUGAAGAACCUCAACAUGAGGGCCAGGCUGUACUUCCAGAGCCCCGACAUGUGCGAUUUUAAUAACCGCGUCUACGCCACCUACCAGGUGACACGCGGGCUGGCGAGCCUCAACAGCUGCGUGGAUCCAAUUCUUUACUUCCUGGCUGGCGAUACCUUCAGGAGGAAGCUGUCACGCGCCACCAAAAAACCCUCCAGGAAGGGGGACAAUGUCCUUCAGUCCAAGAGCGAGGAGACUGCUCUCAACAGCCUGGCUGAGUAUGUGGAGAAUGGGGACCGGAGGCUGUGACAGGGCACGUCUGUGCGACUCAUGGGUGUGGAUCUCUAUUUGAAACCGCGAUGGACUUUGUAUUGAGAGAUUAAAUGCUCUGUGUGGACUGAAGGCUGUGUGUAAACUUGAAUGGACAGUGGUACAUAGAAGUGUAGGAUAAACACUCCAUAUUUAACCCUGUGAUCGCCAUCGCUCCAUUGCAGCCUGUUCCUGUUGAUAAGCUCUUGUACUGUAUUGUCCUGUACAUGUAUUGUACUCUUGAUGUCAGAGCCAUCAUUCUUCGUUCUCAGCCAGUAGUUGGUGUUGUUCACACAUGGGGAAAUAGGUUUCCCUAUGAGCUAUAACGUCCUGUUCAUCAAUUUGGUCUGGAAAAAUAGGACAGAGAAUGGAUAGCAGCUACUCCAGCCACUGAGCUGAUGCUUAAUCAAUAGCUAUUAAGCAGGUGAGAGCUUGUGGUUAAGGAAGUGUGCCUGGGAUGGCUUUUAGAGGAAAACGUAAAUGCACUGAACCUGAGCUUGCUGCACGGAUGUGCCGUGCAGACAUGGUAAUGCACUAUGACCGGGGAGUCUCUGCUCAGAGGGCUACCUAUCACUCCUCAUUUCUUCCUCCAUCUAUUACUGACUGGGCGAGGAAUGUGGUCGCCUAGUUUUUCAUUUUGACAGCUCUGAGGUUGAGGUCUGCGACGGCUCCGUCGCCGCGAUCUGUCUGUCCUUGUUAACUUGCUCUGUACUGACAAAAUGAGAAGAUGAUACUUGCAGUAUUUUUGUGUAAAUGAUACUAAAAUGAAUGUUUUUUUCUGGGAUUCUUUGUACAGAUUGUCGUGACGUUCCAGAUUAGUUUGUGCUGUUAAUUGUUUUUGUUGAAGUCAGUGUCACUAAUUCAGAAAUUUAGUGCAUGAGUCCAGCAUCAAAUAGCAUCAGUGAGACACUGACUAAUGACGGCAGGUUCUAACUACGACAUAGGGAAUAAAUAAUAGCUUUUAAAUGAGCAGAACAGACACACACUGAAUCACCUGCUUUGUGACUCCAUCAACAUAUUGAAGACUUAUUUGUAUGAGAUACCUCAAAGUAAAUCCUGCACUGUGCCCGUGUGUUGACAGAUAAUCAUUUCUCUUUUGUAUCUGUUGUAAUCACUCUGGAGGAAUGACUGUGGAGCUCUCUCUGUACAUAUUUUACCCUGGACUACAUAGAUGUUUGAUGUCUGUACUAAUACCUUUGUAAAUCUGUAAUGUGGUCCGGUAUUGUCAAGAAAGGAAGUGAAUCACCUGCACAGGAUAUUUGAGGCGACGCGUGUCUUUGUGAAUAAAUUUUGAUAUUUAAA